UUUGGGCAUUGGUGGUUAAGACGCCUGCUUGGGGUCCACAGAUGGGGGCCUUCAGUUAUCUGUGAGGGGGAAGGCAUAUGUCAUGAUUGACUGGCACAAUGGCACGGUGCCCAGCCACCGGGAGGAUGAGCGCAGCGUUGAGGAGAGGUCCAAGUGUGUGCUGGCUUACCUCCCUGUCAUCUACUACAGCGCUCUCUUGUGUAUAGGACUGCCAGUGAACAUCCUGACAUUAGUGGCUCUCUCCCGACUGGCUGUUCGGACCCAGAAAUCGCUCUAUGUGUAUCUUUUGGCUUUGACUGGCUCCGACAUCCUCAGUCAGCUCUUCAUCAUCUUCGUGGGCUUCCUACUGGAAACGGCCGUAUUCCACCGAGAUGUCCCCGUGCUGCUGCUCCGGUCGGUCAACAUGCUGGAGUUCGCCGCAAACCACGCCUCUAUCUGGGCCACCGUACCUCUCACUGUCGACCGCUACGUUGCUUUGUGUCACCCGUUGCUACACCGGCAGAUAAGCUUUCCGGCACGUGCCCGGCGGAUCAUUGCUGUGGUGCUCACAUUAGCCUUGGCAUCCGGCGUGCCUUUUUUUUGGUGGUCGGACAUGUGGAGGGUCAGCCGCCCGCCUAACACAUUGGAUGCCGCCCUGAUUUGGACUCAUGUGACUAUUAUCUACUUUCUUCCAUGCAGCAUCUUCCUACUGCUAAACUCAUUGAUUAUCCUAAGGCUUCGUAAUAGGCAGAGGAAGCACAUGUGCCAAGAGGACACCGGGCAGCAGUUGGCAUUGCCAAGCAAGCUGGGUAAAACCACAGUUAUGCUGUUGGCAGUCACUUCUGUGUUUGCCGUACUUUGGGCACCUCGUACCGGAGUGGUACUCUAUCAUCUCUACGUGUCAUCGGUGUACAGAGAUUGGCGCGUGCAUCUCGCGUACGACCUUGCCAACAUGAUAGCCAUGCUAAACACUGCUGUGAAUUUCUUUUUGUACUGUUUUGUCAGCAAGCCCUUUAGAGCAGCGGUGAGGGGCGUUCUGUUGUUCCGGGGAGCACAUUUGCACCCUCGCCGGCCUCUGCAUCACCAGCGCACCCCUGUCAACGCCUCAACCUCCUCAAUUUACAGCAGCACCAAACGUUCACAGAGGGAGGUCGCUCCACUCUCCCCAAAAAGUGUGCAAAUUACUAUGUACAGUGCUUAACACAUUUAUUAGGCCGCAUGUCGUAAUAAAGAGAAAAAUAUAUGUUUUAGGGAUCUGUCAAAAUCUAAACAUUUUAUUUUCAUUUGUUGGGCUAAUAUCAGAGUGAAACAACUAAACAGCUACAUUUAUUUACAUUUUAAUACCCAAAGUUGAGCACAUUUAUUUUCUCUCAGAUGUCAGAAAUGACUCAAGUGUCGCAUUAAACCACAAAAAAUAUUUUUUAUUAAGGACUGCAUGUAAACUGUAAUUAGGGAUUUGAAUAGAAAAUCAAGUAUUGUUAUUAUUUUUUUGGCUUGCUAAUAAGAACAGUCAAUAUGAAAAUUCAUGGAUAACAAAAAUAUUUUAGCAUUAUAAAUAUUACUGUGACUAAAGACCUCACACAUACUGGUGGAUUAACCAUUACAGAAACAUUAAAAUAAUUUAAUAUCACCAAUAUUGUUAGUUUAGGGCAGCUGAGGCACAAAACCUAUAUCAUUGGGUGGUGGUCUAAUUAAUUUGUUUAUUAAACGGCGCUCUGGAAUACUUGAUUCUGAUUGGCAAGUUAUUCUCAGAUAACAACUACUCAAAACGAAUAACGCCCAGCAACCUUGAUAAUGCAAUUUUUUUGACAGUCCAGUUUAAUAUUACACAAAAUUAAAGUAAAUAUGUCUUUUAAUAACAUACAUGACAUUAUAUUUACAAAUGAUUAGACCAAAUUGAAUGUUCAUGAAAUUUGAACGUCGUUUUUGACGUCGAAAGUAAACUUUGCGGAAGGCUUGCAUUCAAUAAAGAUGAGCUAAUAAAAUAUUUAAAAUUCA